AUGAAUGACGAAAAUGUUCCAGUAAUUAACAACGAGCCGGGCGAUAUUUUCGCAGCUCGACUGGAAGGCCGAUACACGGAUGGCGAUGAGUGGCUGAAAAUGAACGGCAGUCCCGACGAAUGGCCCGUCGCCUAUAUCGGAACCAAGUUGACGAUUGACGCCGCCGACGGAAUCAUUUCCCAACUAGCCGGCGAAUACAGCGACGACGACGACUUCGUCUUCUGCUCACCCGAUCCGCAAACCGCUUUAAAAUACUCGGAUGUUCGAAAUGUCAACGGCGAUAACAAACUAGUGAUAUUUCAAGCUCGUGUGAACCCUGAAGCUAUAACAGUUGUCCGGUUGGAGAACAAUAACCAUAGUGUGAUCUGGGCGGUUCCCAAAGACGAUUCGAUUCGCCCAUACGGACUGUGCUGCUAUCCGAUCCCACAGCGAGCAUAA